GGUCAGCCAGUCCUAUGUUUGAACGGAAGGACAAUAAGAAGGAAUCCCUGCUGGAUUUAGAUGGAAGAGUGAAUGCUUUAAACAAAAAGUAUGCUACAAUGAGGGAAGAUGGACAAAGAAUUCACAAAUUGCUUAAAGAGAAUAAGACCUUGUUUAAAGCAGACGACACAACUCCAAUGUGGUCACACUAUGUAUUAUAUAUAGAUGACAAGGUUGUGGAUGGGUUCUUCAAAGUAGUGAGCACCUCCCUACAGUUUCUUGCCAGCAACAUGGGGGCAGAGGUCAGUGCUGCUCCCCUUUUUGAAGUACAUUUAGAGUUGGGAAUUUCUGACAUUGUGUUUCGUCCUGCCUUGGCAUAUGGAGUUUCAGAUGGGUUCUAUGAUCUAAUAGAGCAUUUAACACUUGAUGUCUAUAAAACAGGCAAUCUGGUGCCACGAAUGGUAAAAGAUCAUCCACAAAACAACUACCAGAUUGACUUGUAUGAGAAGCUCUAUGAAGAGGUGUCAAGGUUUGAAAAUUGUCGCGUGUUCAGUGGCUGGCUCCAGGUUGAUUGCAAGCCUUUCAAACAUGCUCUUUUGAAUGUCAUCAAACGGUGGAGUCUUAUGUUUAAGAAAUGCCUCAUUGACCAAGUUACUAACGGCCUGAGUGAUUUACAAGCUUUCAUUGAAACUACAAAGGCUAGCAUCAUUAAAACAGUAAGUGAAGGUGAUUACGGUGGGCUGGUUGAAGUGAUGGGUCUUCUGAAGAAAGUGAAAGAAAGACAGUUGGUCACAGAUCAAAUGUUUGAACCACUGAAAGAGUCCAUUGAAUUGUUACGCUCUUAUGGAGAGGAGAUGCCUGAUGAAGUACACACACAACUUCAGGAACUUCCAGAACAAUGGAACAAUAUGAAAAAGAUAGCUCUCCAAGUUAAACAGAAUGUGGCUCCUUUACAGUCUAAUGAAGUAAAUAUAAUUCGAAGAAAAUGCCAGCAGUUUGAGAUCCGACAGUAUGAAUUCAGAGAGAAAUUCCGAGAAGAACCCUUUUUUCACUUUUCUUUCCCAGAUCCGCAUGCUGCUUUGGAUGAGACCCACAAGAACAUGUCUGCAUUGGAAAAGGAAAUGGAAAGCCUGUCUGUAUCUGCAGGUUUAUUUGAAGUUAAUGUACCUGAUUACAAGCAACUCAAGGCUUGCCGAAAGGAAAUCAUACUGCUGAAGGAGCUCUGGGAUAUGAUCUAUUUGGUAAGAGGCUGCAUGGAUGACUGGAAAACCACCCGAUGGAAAGACAUAAAUGUAGAAGAAAUGGACAUGGACACCAAAAAAUUUGCAAAAGAGGUCAAGGGUUUAGAUAAAGAAAUGAGAGUCUGGGAUGCAUUUGUAGGAUUGGAUAGCAUAGUUAAAAACAUGAUGACUUCUCUGAGAGCAGUUGGGGAACUACAGAACCCAGCCAUCAGAGAAAGACAUUGGCUGCAACUUAUGAUGGCUACUCAGGUUAAAUUUGUCAUGUCAGAGAAAACGACCCUUGAUGAUUUGCUGAAACUUAACCUCCACAAUUUUGAAGAUGAAGUGCGCAGCAUAGUAGACAAGGCUGUAAAGGAGUCUGGAAUGGAGAAGACAUUGAAAGAGCUGGAUAAUAUUUGGUCCACCAUGGUGUUUGGACACGAGCCUCACUCUAGAACUGGUACCAUGUUACUGAAAUCUGACGAAGAACUAGUAGAGACUCUGGAAGACAACCAGGUGCAACUCCAGAACCUCAUGACGUCCAAAUACAUUGCUCACUUCCUGAAGGAGGUGUCCAGCUGGCAACAGAAGCUCUCUACUGCAGACUCUGUGAUCUCCAUCUGGUUUGAGGUGCAGAGAACCUGGACUCACCUGGAGAGCAUUUUCAUUGGCUCAGAGGACAUUCGUUCACAGUUGCCUGAGGACUCCAAACGAUUUGAUGGAAUUGAUAAGGAUUUCAAAGAGAUCAUGGCUGAUGCUGUAAAGACACCUAAUGUAGUGGAAGCUACAAAUAAACCAGGCCUCUUUGAGAAGCUGGAGCAUCUGGAAUCAAGCUUGGCGUUGUGUGAGAAAGCUCUUGCUGAAUAUUUAGAGACAAAGCGACUUGCCUUUCCCAGAUUCUACUUUGUAUCUUCAGCUGACCUGCUGGAUAUUUUAUCCAACGGAAAUGAUCCUGUGGAGGUCAGCAAACACUUGUCAAAACUGUUUGACAGUAUGUCAGAUCUGGAAUUUAAAAAGGAUGCAGAUAAGAAACCUAUAAAGAUAGGUCUUGGGAUGUACAGCAAGGAGAACGAAUAUGUUCAGUUUGAGGCUGAAUGUGACUGCUCGGGACAGGUUGAACAUUGGUUAACCCGUGUGCUAGAGGCGAUGUGUUCUACUUUACGCAAUGUAAUGGGUGAUGCUGUGGUGACCUAUGAAGAGAAGGCAAGAGAGGUUUGGGUGUUCGACUACCCAGCCCAGCCUGCAUUAACUUCCACACAGAUUUGGUGGACUACUGAAGUUGGUAUUGCAUUUGCCAGGCUAGAGGAAGGUUUUGAAAAUGCCAUUAAAGAGUACUUUAAAAAGCAGGUUAGCCAGCUGAACACCUUGAUAAAUUUGCUAAUUGGAAACCUCUCACGUGGUGACAGACAGAAGAUUAUGACAAUUUGCACAAUUGAUGUACACGCUCGGGAUGUUGUGGGCAAAAUUGUUACUGCCAAGGUAGAGAAUUCGCAGGCUUUUACUUGGCAGUCACAGCUGAGGCACCGCUGGGACGAUGAAAAGAAACACUGUUUUGCGAACAUCUGUGAUGCUCAGUUUAGAUACUCGUAUGAAUAUCUGGGUAACACUCCUCGCCUGGUGAUCACACCUCUUACAGACAGGUGCUAUAUAACCCUUACCCAGUCUCUCCAUCUUAUCAUGGGGGGAGCUCCUGCAGGCCCAGCAGGGACUGGGAAAACUGAGACUACAAAGGAUUUGGGCAGGGCUUUAGGUAUCAUGGUGUAUGUCUUCAACUGCUCUGAACAAAUGGAUUACAAGUCUUGUGGUGACAUUUACAAAGGACUAGCACAGACUGGAGCCUGGGGCUGUUUUGAUGAGUUCAAUAGAAUAUCGGUGGAGGUGUUGUCAGUGAUUGCUGUACAGGUGAAGUGCGUCCAGGAUGGCAUUAGGAAUAAGAAGGCGAUAUUUAAUUUUCUUGGAGAGGUUAUUAAACUUAUACCCACUGUAGGAGUUUUUAUCACUAUGAACCCAGGGUAUGCAGGUCGAGCUGAACUUCCUGAAAAUCUGAAGGCAUUAUUCAGACCCUGUGCUAUGGUGGUCCCUGAUUUUGAAUUGAUUUGUGAAAUUAUGCUGGUAGCAGAAGGCUUCCUUGAUGCCAGAGUACUGGCUAGAAAAUUUAUUACCUUGUAUACACUCUGCAAAGAGCUCCUUUCAAAGCAGGAUCAUUAUGACUGGGGGCUGCGUGCUAUCAAAUCUGUGCUCGUAGUCGCAGGUUCCUUGAAGAGAGGGGACCCUGGCCGGCCAGAGGACCAGGUCUUAAUGAGGGCAUUACGAGACUUCAAUGUACCGAAGAUAGUGACUGAUGACAUGCCUGUCUUCAUGGGAUUGAUUGGAGACCUUUUCCCAGCACUGGAUGUACCUAGAAAGAGAGAUCUGGAUUUUGAAAAAAUUGUUAAACAGUCUGUGCUUCAGUUGAAGCUUCAGGCAGAAGAUAAUUUUGUUCUGAAAGUGGUUCAGCUGGAAGAGCUUCUUGCAGUGAGGCACUCUGUUUUUAUAAUCGGAAAUGCCGGCACGGGCAAGUCUCAGGUGCUAAAGUCCUUAAACAAGACCUAUCAAACCAUGAAGAGAAAACCUGUAGCUAUUGACCUGGAUCCAAAAGCUGUUACUUGUGAUGAACUUUUUGGAAUUAUCAACCCAGCCACUAGAGAAUGGAAAGAUGGUCUGUUUUCCUGUAUAAUGAGAGACCUAGCCAUUGUUUCUCAUGAUGGACCAAAGUGGAUAGUCCUUGAUGGGGACAUUGAUCCAAUGUGGAUAGAAUCUCUCAAUACUGUCAUGGAUGAUAAUAAGGUGCUCACUUUAGCCAGCAAUGAGCGGAUCCCAUUAAAUCCCACCAUGCGCCUCGUGUUUGAGAUUAGUCACCUAAAAACAGCAACCCCUGCAACAGUGUCCAGAGCAGGAAUUCUUUACAUCAAUCCAGCAGAUUUGGGCUGGAACCCAGUUGUAACUAGCUGGAUUGAGAAACGUGAGGUUCAGUCUGAGAAAGCUAACCUAAUCAUUUUGUUUGAUAAAUAUUUGCCAACCUGUCUGGAAAAGCUUAAAAUUGGGUUUAAAAAGAUAACCCCAGUCCCAGAGGUCACUAUGGUUCAGACCCUGCUGUACUUAAUGGAGUGCCUUCUUAUACCAGCCAAUGCACCACCUGACUCCCCCAAAGAUCUUUAUGAACUCUACUUUGUGUUCUCCUGCAUCUGGGCAUUUGGAGGAGCAAUGUUUCAAGAUCAGAUGGUUGACUACCGUGUGGAAUUCAGCAAGUGGUGGGUGCAUGAAUUUAAGACUAUAAAAUUUCCCUCUCUAGGGACUGUCUUUGACUACUACAUUGAUCCAGACACCAAGAAAUUUAUGUCCUGGGCAGAUAAGGUCCCUAAGUUUGACCUUGAUCCUGACUUACCAUUGCAGGCCUCCAUGGUGCACACGUCCGAGACCAUUCGAAUCAGGUAUUUCAUGGACAUGUUGAUGGAGAAAAAGCGACCACUGAUGUUGGUAGGCAAUGCAGGGACAGGAAAGUCUGUGCUCAUGGGAGAGAAACUAAGGAGUCUCAAUACAGAUAACUACGUGGUGCAGUCUGUCCCUUUUAACUUCUACACAACCUCUGCCAUGCUUCAAGCCAUCCUUGAGAAACCACUAGAGAAGAAAGCAGGUAGAAAUUAUGGGCCUCCAGGAAAUAAAAGCUUGAUUUAUUUCAUUGAUGACAUGAACAUGCCUGAAGUAGAUAAAUAUGGAACUGUUGCACCUCACACGCUGAUCCGGCAGCAUAUGGACCAUGGACACUGGUAUGACCGAAGUAAACUGACUUUGAAGGAUAUCCACAACUGUCAGUAUGUGGCCUGUAUGAACCCUACCUCUGGUAGUUUCACCAUUGAUCCUAGACUUCAGCGACACUUCUUUGUGUUUGCUGUAAGUUUUCCUGGACAAGAAGCGCUACAUGCCAUCUACAGCACUAUCCUGUCACAACAUCUAUCCAUGAAUAGCUUUGCAAUGGCUCUUCAAAAGUUCUGCGCAAUGCUAGUGGCUGGAGCACUUUCUUUUCAUCAGAAGAUUACAUCUUCCUUUCUUCCAACGGCUGUUAAGUUCCAUUAUGUAUUCAAUCUGAGAGACCUUUCCAACAUAUUUCAGGGUUUACUGUUUUCUUCUGCAGAAUGUGUAAAAACCAAUAUUGACAUGAUUAGACUCUGGUUACAUGAAACUGAUAGAGUGUAUGGAGAUAAAUUAAUUAACGAUAAAGAUAAAGAACUCUUUGCAAAGAUUCAGGUGGAUAUUUGUAGAAAGACUUUUGAGGAUAUGGAUGAAAAUGCAGUGUUUGCAAAGCCCAAUAUUUAUAGUCAUUUUGCCUGUGGAAUUGGAGAGCCCAAAUAUUUCCCUCUAUCUUCCUGGAAGGCUCUGAACAAAUUGCUGACAGAAGCCUUAGACAGCUACAAUGAAGUGAAUGCUGCCAUGAACCUGGUCCUGUUUGAAGAUGCAAUGUCUCAUAUCUGUAAAAUAAACCGUAUCCUUGAGUCCCCACGUGGGAAUGCCCUGCUGGUGGGUGUGGGAGGCAGUGGGAAACAGAGCCUGUCUCGGCUAGCUGCUGCUAUCAGCAGUCUCGAAGUUUCACAAAUUACCUUGAGAAAAGGAUACGCAAUUGCAGACCUAAAGUUGGACCUUGCUGCCCUGUAUAUCAAAGCAGGAGUGAAGAACUGUGGUAUGGUUUUCCUGAUGACCGACUCGCAAGUUGCAGAGGAGCAGUUUCUUGUCCUCAUUAAUGAUUUGCUUGCGUCAGGAGAGAUCCCAGGUCUGUUUCCGGAUGAUGAAGUAGAAAAUAUUAUCGGUUCAAUGAGAAACGAAGUGAAGGGGAUUGGAUUACAGGAUACCAGAGAGAACUGCUGGAAGUUUUUCAUAGACAAAGUCAGGAGACAAUUAAAGGUUGUCCUGUGUUUCUCUCCUGUUGGCUCAACUCUACGGGUCCGUGCAAGGAAAUUCCCAGCAGUUGUAAACUGUACAGCAAUUGACUGGUUUCAUGAAUGGCCAGAAGAGGCUUUAAUGUCUGUCAGUGCCCGAUUCCUGCAAGACUCUGAAGGAAUUCUGCCAGAAGUUAGGACAUCUCUUAGUUUGUUUAUGGCCUAUGUACACAAAACCGUCAAUGAAAUGUCAAAGACCUACCUGACCUCUGAAAGGCGCUAUAACUAUACAACCCCAAAAACCUUUCUGGAGCAGAUCAAACUGUAUCAGAACCUUCUUUCCACAAAAAGGAAGGAGUUGAUUGCAAAGAUGGAUCGACUGGAGAAUGGUCUAACAAAACUUGAGAACACCUCAGCACAGGUAGAUGACUUGAAAGCCAAGCUGGCAGUCCAAGAAGUCGAAUUGCAACAGAAGAAUGAGGAUGCAGAUAAACUCAUUCAGGUAGUGGGAGUUGAAACUGAGAAAGUUUCAAAAGAGAAGGCCAUUGCAAAUGAUGAGGAGUUAAAAGUUCAGGUUAUCAACAAGAAUGUGGGAGAAAAACAAGUAUCCUGUGAAACUGACCUGGCUAAAGCAGAGCCUGCUUUAAUUGCUGCACAGGAAGCUUUAAACACACUCAACAAGAAUAACUUGACAGAAUUGAAAUCUUUCGGCUCUCCUCCAGAUGCAGUAGUUAAUGUAGCAGAAGCUGUAAUGAUCCUCCUUGCUCCGGGAGGCAAAAUCCCAAAGGACAGAUCCUGGAAAGCUGCUAAAGUUUGCAUGGCAAAAGUGGAUGCUUUCCUAGACAGUUUAGUACACUACGAUAAAGAACACAUUCCUGACACCUGUUUGAAAGCUUUUCAGCCUUUUAAGAAUGAUCCAACUUUUGAACCAGAUUUCAUCCGGUCCAAAUCAAUAGCUGCUGCGGGUCUUUGUUCCUGGUGUAUCAAUAUUGUCAGGUUCUAUGAGGUGUACUGUGAAGUGGAACCCAAGAGACUGGCCCUGGCCCAGGCAAAUGCAGAGCUAGCAGCAGCACAGGACAAGCUUUCUGUUAUCAAAUCCAAAAUAACACAAUUAAAUGCCAACUUGGCUAAAUUGACAUCAGAGUUUGAAAAAGCUACAGCAGAUAAACUGAAGUGCCAGCAGGAGGCAGAUUCCACAAAUCGUACUAUUUCUCUGGCAAACAGACUUGUAGGAGGAUUAGCAUCUGAGAAGAUUCGCUGGUCUGAAUCAGUGGCCAGGUUUAAAGAACAAGAGAAGACUCUGAGUGGAGACGUCAUGUUGAUUUCGGCUUUCGUUUCAUAUGUUGGAUAUUUUACCAAGAAAUACAGGAAUGAUUUAAUGGAUAAAUAUUGGAUGCCAUAUUUGAAAGAAUUGAAGGUGCCCAUUCCAAUUACUCCGGGCUUGGAUCCCUUAACCCUGUUGACUGACGAUGCUGAUAUCGCUGCCUGGAAUAACCAGGGCUUACCCAGUGACCGCAUGUCCAUUGAAAAUGCUACCAUCUUCUGCAACACAGAGCGGUGGCCCCUAAUUGUUGAUGCACAGCUACAGGGGAUCAAAUGGAUCAAAAAUAAAUAUGGAAAAGAACUGAAAGUGCUCAGGCUGGGACAAAAAGGUUAUCUUGAGAGUAUUGAGAGAGCAAUUUCCAAUGGUGAGAUUUUACUGAUUGAAAAUAUUGGAGAAACAGUGGAGCCAGUGCUAGACCCUUUGCUUGGCAGAAACACGAUCAAAAAAGGGAGAUACAUUAAGAUGGGCGAUAAAGAAGUGGAGUACCAUCCCAACUUCAGGUUAAUUUUACACACCAAGUACUUCAGUCCUCACUACAAACCAGAGAUGCAAGCGCAGUGCACCCUCAUUAACUUCCUGGUAACGAGGGACGGGUUGGAGGACCAGCUGCUUGCUGCAGUGGUGGCAAAGGAGAGGCCUGACCUAGAGGAACUGAAGGCUCAGCUGACGACCCAGCAGAACGAAUUUAAGAUUGUGCUGAAGCAGCUGGAGGAUUCCCUGCUGGCUCGACUCUCUGCAGCCUCUGGUAACUUCCUGGGAGAUACAGCUCUGGUGGAAAACCUGGAGAUCACCAAGCAAACCGCCACCGAGAUUGAGCAAAAGGUGCGAGAAGCUAAAAUAACUGAAGUUAAAAUUAAUGAAGCCAGGGAGAACUACAGGCCAGCGUCAAUAAGAGCAGCCUUGCUCUACUUCAUUUUGAAUGAUCUCAACAAAAUAAACCCAAUCUAUCAGUUCUCUUUAAAGGCAUUUAAUGUAGUGUUUGAGAAUGCCAUCCUGCGCUCUGAACCAGCUGACGAGGUGACACAACGAGUUAAUAAUCUAAUAGAUGAAAUCACCUUCUCUGUGUUUGUUUACACAACAAGAAGCCUGUUUGAGAGGGACAAACUGAUCUUCACAGCACAGGUCGCUUUCCAGGUUUUGAUAAUGAAGAAAGAAGUGAAUCCUGCUGAACUUGAUUUCUUGUUGCGAUUCCCCUUUAAAGCAGGAUUGGUCUCUCCUGUUGACUUCAUCUUAAACCAAGGAUGGGGUGGGAUUCAGGCUAUAUCUGACAUGGAUGAGUUUAAGAACCUCAACAGAGACAUUGAAGGGUCAGCAAAACGUUGGAAGAAGUUUGUAGAGUCUGAGGCCCCUGAGAAGGAGAAGUUUCCUCAAGAGUGGAAAAAUAAAUCUGCUCUACAAAAACUUUGUAUGAUGAGGUGUUUGAGGCCUGACCGAAUGUCUUAUGCAGUAAGAAACUUUGUUGAGGAGAAGCUUGGUGCAAAGUAUGUUGAAGGGCGAAGUGUUGAAUUUUCUAAAUCCUAUGAAGAGAGCAGCUCCUCAACUCCCAUGUUCUUUAUCCUUUCACCUGGAGUUGACCCAUUGAAGGAUGUAGAGGCACUGGGCAAGAAGUUAGGCUUUACAUUUGACAAUUGUAAAUUCCACAAUGUGUCUCUGGGUCAGGGCCAGGAAGUGGUUGCAGAGAAUGCUAUGGAUGCUGCUGCUAAGAAAGGACACUGGGUUAUUCUGCAGAAUAUCCACCUGGUGGCAAAAUGGUUAGGUACUCUGGAUAAAAAAGUGGAGUUGUACAGCACAGGGAGCCAUAAUGACUACCGAGUAUACAUGAGCGCAGAGCCCGCACCUACACCUGAUAGUCACAUUAUCCCACAGGGAUUGCUGGAAAAUGCCAUUAAAAUUACCAAUGAGCCUCCAACGGGAAUGCAUGCCAACCUACACAAAGCACUGGAUCUGUUUGACCAGGAUACUUUAGACAUGUGCACCAAGGAGUCAGAGUUCAAGUGCAUCCUGUUCUCACUCUGUUAUUUCCAUGCUGUUGUGGCUGAGAGACGGAAAUUCGGUGCUCAAGGCUGGAACCGGUCCUAUCCCUUUAAUAACGGUGACCUUACCAUUUCAGUCAAUGUGCUAUUCAACUACCUGGAAGCUAAUCCAAAGGUUCCCUGGGAUGAUCUGCGCUAUCUGUUUGGUGAGAUUAUGUAUGGUGGCCACAUCACAGAUGACUGGGACCGCAAGCUUUGUAAGACGUACCUUGAGGAGUAUGUCCGUCCUGAACUGUUGGAAGGGGAGCUGCAGUUGGCUCCAGGGUUCCUAGCCCCACCCAACUCUGAUUAUAAGGGGUACCAUGCAUAUUUGGAUGAUAUGCUGCCUCCUGAAAGCCCAUACUUGUAUGGCUUACACCCAAAUGCUGAGAUUGGCUUUCUGACCAUCACCUCUGAAAAACUGUUCCGCACUGUGCUGGAGAUGCAGCCAAAGGAUUCUGAAGCUGCAGGAGGGGCUGGUGUUUCACGGGAAGAAAAGGUAAAAGGAAUCCUGGACGAGAUUUUAGAAAAGCUGCCAGAACAGUUUAACUUGCUGGAGAUCAUGGCAAAGGUGGAGGAUAGAACUCCAUAUAUCGUUGUUGCCUUCCAAGAGUGCGAGAGAAUGAAUAUUCUAACCAAAGAAAUGAGGAGAUCGCUUAAAGAGCUGGACCUUGGUUUAAAGGGUGAGCUAACGAUCACUACAGUUAUGGAAGAACUUUCCAAUUCUCUGUUUUUUGACACUGUGCCAGAGUCAUGGACAAAGCGUGCAUACCCCUCCCUUCAAGGAAUGGGUGGCUGGUUUGCAGAUCUGUUAUUAAGAAUCAAGGAGCUGGAAUCCUGGACGAGCGAUUUCUCCCUCCCCAAUGCAGUGUGGCUGGCAGGGUUCUUUAACCCGCAGUCCUUCCUCACUGCAAUCAUGCAGGCCAUGGCCAGGAAGAAUGAGUGGCCUCUUGAUAAGAUGUGUCUAGCUGUGGAGGUCACAAAGAAGAACCGCGAGGACAUGACUGCUCCGCCCAGAGAGGGGGCGUACAUACACGGCCUCUUCAUGGAGGGAGCUCGCUGGGACAUUCCAAGCGGAGUGAUUGCCGAAGCCAGACUGAAGGAAUUAACCCCUUCGAUGCCAGUAAUCUUUGUCAAAGCCAUUCCAGUAGAUAGGCAGGAGACCAAGAACAUAUACGAAUGCCCGGUGUAUAAGACACGUAUCCGUGGACCCACCUUUGUCUGGACCUUUAACCUGAAAACAAAAGAGAGGUCAGCCAAGUGGGUACUGGCAGCAGUCUGCCUACUGUUGCAAGUGUAAUUUAAACUUGGUUAUAUUUUUAUUAGCAUUACAAAUGUUAAACAGAUGUUGGAAAGCCAAAUAAAAAGAUUA